AUGCUCGAUGACCGAGGACCCAAUAACGCGUUCGACAUCGCUGUUCCUCCAGUUCUUCCUCUUUCAAACAACCAACCUCCCGUCCUGUCAGCCUCCACCCAUCCUGUUCUCCCGCCACUCAUGGCUCAUUCACUUCCGACACCUCAUUUUGCCCACACCAACGCCACGACAACAUCACGUAGCACUAUCGAUCGUGCCCGCCAACUUGUUGACCACACCCCUGCAUCGGAAACGACUUCUAUCUUACACGACAACGAGUCGAUGGUGCCCGGGAUGAUUCUGGAUGCGGAAUCGAAUGACGAGAACGAUACAUUGGUUCACGGGGAAGGGCUUGGAGAGGAGGAUGACGCGGACUUGGACCAAGCCAAGACUGAAUUUCCGGGCUGGCUAACGACUCAAUUCAACGCGAUACGUGACGACAUCGCGCAGGGAAAGAUCAGACCGGGAACAUUCUGGAUUCGGUCACCACAAACGACAUGGUCUUUACUUCGCCAUUCUAAUCUUACACCGGACACUCUAUUCACGGCCAAUUUCUUUAUUUGGGACCCACUCGCUAUUCUUUCCACCAACUUCCACCUACGCUGUCCAAACAAAGAAUGUAACCACUAUCUCACCCGUUAUGGCAUCGUUGGUCGUCCUCGUAGAGUUGUUGAAAUUGACGACUGUUUCUGGCUUAUUGGAUACAACUAUGGGUGUCGGAAGAGCCCUGAUGGUUGUGGUCUGCGUUUGCGCUCGUGGGACCAACGAGUGCUUGAUCAACUGCCACCAGAGCUAGCCGAUGAGUUUCCGGCCUAUCUGACAUGGCGGAGCGGACUUUCCAAGCAAGCUUUUGGUGUUGUGCGAUCAUGCUUCCAAUACGGUGUGGGCUCUGCAGAGCUGUCCGACCUGUUUCGAAUGCAGCAUUUACGACGCUAUGACAAACUUCGCUUGCAGUACUUGCGAGCCAAGUACAAGGAGAUGUUGCUGGGUGGGCAAUUCUAUGAGGUCUUUCCGCCGUUCCAGGAUCGUUCGGCGAGAGGUUACCAUGGGUUUACCCCAAGUGGUCAGUGGCUUCGGGACCUAUAUGAUGGGUAUAUCGAGUCGAAGCGGGACACAAUCAACCAGCAUAUGGCAAUGCUCUCUGCUCGUAUCUGUGCUAUUGACCAUAGUCACAAGCUUGCGAAACACGUUUUCAAGGUUGAUGGUGUCCCCAUCUUUACCGCACUGCUCACAGUCACCAACGAAAAAGGCGAAAUUCGUGUUUGUGUUUUUGUGGCUACCAAGUCUCAUUCGCAAUUUGAUGAUGCACUUCGGCGACUUGCAGAUGACCUUGUCGUGUAUGGUCACAACUUGCCAGAGGUUUUCUACACGGACAACAUGGUUGACAAGGCGAUGCUUGAAAGGAUUUUCCCUUCCCUUCUCGAAAAUGUUGUUCCGGUUGACAAAUACGCACAUCUCCCUCUUCUCGAGACACCUGAUUUUGUCCGCAACCCAACAGUGCUGGAUGAUGAGGCGAUGAUUAACAAUGCAAUGAGGGCUAUCCUCGAUGAUGUUCCUGCUGGUCGUGAGCUUGUCAUCGGGUUUGAUUCUGAAUGGAAUGUGGACAUGACGCAGUAUGGCCGCUUUGGUGGGCGCAGUCCUCCUGCUGUCUUGCAGAUCGCAUAUCAAAACUCUGUUUUCAUACUCAAGGUUGGCGAGAUGCUCUCCCGACAGCGGCUUCCGGAACAGCUGGUGAAUCUCUUGCGACAUAGUCAGGUUGUCAAGGCAGGUCGUCAAGUCAAUGCUGAUCUGCGACGGCUUGCUGCUGCUGCUGGCUUUCCAGCUGACCACUUUCCUGGUGCUCUUGACCUUGCAAUGUUUGCCAAGGAGCGCUUCCUGAUCAAGAAAGCCACCCUCUCCCUUGCUGAUCUUAUUGCAUCCCUGCUCAAUCAGUCCCUUCCAAAGCCAUUUGCUGAGCGUAUCAGCAGUAAUUGGUCGGACUCAGAACUGAGCCAAGCACAACUCGAAUAUGCAGCACGUGAUGCAUAUGCCUCACUUCUCCUCUAUAACGAAAUCGUCAAAACACCACGCCCAUCAUCUGGUUUGGACACCUUACUUCUACCUGGCACGUCGAUCAUGUUGUUGACCGAUGACAAUAAACAGACCGCUGCGGAAGGUGUCAUUUCUCCGAAUGCUUCCCUUUCCCAAUUCCAGAAUACCAAUAUCACCGCCACUCGCACUGUGGUUACGAUUCAGAAGGUUUUGACUCCAGGAGCUAUUAUCGGAAUCAAUAAAGACUCAAAUGGAAACAAACUCUCACUCAGUCACUUCGGUGUAGCCCCAUUCGAUAUUCUCGCUCAUCGCUCUCACAUUCGCAUUGUCUCAUCUAUGGCUCAACCUCUAGACAUAGAUUCAAAUUCAUCGUCCAUCUCUACUGAUGUGUUACCCAGCACUGAGACUGCUGAUGGUGCUGAUGAUGAUCUCGUCAGUGCACUCGAAGGGCUCGAUGAUGGUGACAUUGAUGACUCUCCACCAAUAACACCCAACUUGGCGGAGGCUGAUGCGGAGAGUGCAGCAGUGGCUUUGGAAACUCUUGGUCCCGAAGCACCUCCAAGUUGGGCUUUUGCAAUACGGAGCCGUAUCCUUAAGGAUAUUUUCCAUGUAUUUCAUAUGAUUUAUAUCUCUCGCAUGCAUGGUCUUCGACUCGCAUUCAUCAAUGACCUCCGAGAUGCAUGUCUCAUUCCACAUCCCACCGACAAGGCCCGUAUCGAAAUCUAUCUGGCUACUCGUGGCCUCACAUGGGCCGAUAUGCUUCGGUACAAUCCAAAAUGGCUUUGGCGACAUUGUCGUCGGACUAUUCCCCCUCCCGAAGAGUUGUAUCCACUGGUGCACCGUGUAUUUAUGCUGUACGGACCGCUCAAGGAUGCAAAAACCGGUCUUCCACUCUUCAAUUCAGCCGCAUGGAAAAUCGCAAAGAACAUUUUGGAGCUGGUGCGAAAUGGUCAUGUGUCUGAUGUGCCUGGUGUUGCCCUCUAUUUUCUUCUUGGCUUUGACAAGAAAGCUGGUGGUCUGCCGCUCUAUCGCUGUAUUCGGGGCACUAACAUGGUCGAGGGUGGUGUUCAUACACAUUUGCUUGCAAAGUUACCCUCCCGUGGAGCCUCUGUUCGCCACAUGGUGGCCUGUCUCCUUGACUUUGUUCUGCGACACAAUCUCACUGUUGGCCACUUCAACUCAACUGGGCGAAAAUUUGCUGGUCACGACUCGAUUUGGCUGUCGAACAAAAUUCAAGAACUCGAAAUUGCACUAGGCGAACACUACAACAAGGCCCCACUCUCACUCCCUUGGGUUAACGGCAAUCUCUACGUCAAAUCUAAGCAGACAGUUGGUAUUAUUCACCUCCCUGCCUCUGUUUGUUCCUCAGUCGACAUCCAACCCUUCCGCGAAACACAUGACACCAAGCAGAAGCAGGCGUACCUCGCCAAGAUGCAGGGCACACGUAAACCCGUUCUUCCUGUUCAUACCGUUGCAGAGAAGAAGUUGUUCACCAAGUUGAUGCUCACCUCCACCGCAUUUCAAAGGUGCAAGACUUCCAUCUCUACUGAGGCUACAAUUGAAUGGAACCGUGUGGCUGCUGAAACUGCUGAUAUCUAUUACAAGCUCGAAGAACAAUUAACAGCAUACUUCAACGGCCCAUACAAAGAUUCUGCCAACAUCCGUAUCUCCUGUGCUCGUGUGCAAGAGCAGACUGCUCCAUUGCAAAAGGAGCUCGACAAUCGAACAACUUACGCUGUGCACGCACCUGCGAGCGAGCUUGUAGCGCCUCAAGUCACAUCAGGCUUCACCGAUGAGGGUCCCCAUGUGCCAACCGAGUCUGAAUCUACCUACGCACAACAACAUGCUGCUUCUCAUGCAAUGUCUAUAUCGGCUGCCAGUCAAGUCGUUCACACAAGUAAGAAACGCGCUGCCGAAGAUGCACUUCAUGGCCAGCCAGCGCCAAAGAAGGCACGUAACGGACGAUCAUGUAUUCGAUGUGGGAGGGAGGAUGGGUGUGCCGGUCGGGGUUCAUGGUUCCUUUGCACGAAUCCAUGUCGCGACUGUGGGAGGAAAAGCACUAAGGAGUGUGUUGGGCGGACGUCGAAGAACAAGACGCGAAAGAGAUGUUCACCACAGAACCCAUACCCACCUUCGAUGUUGGAGGGCAGUGAAUUAACAGACAAGGUUUGCAGGCUCUUCGGAUUAGCACGGCACGAAAAGUCGACGCAGAAAAGAUUAGAAUUAAACAAGUAG